UUGGCCCCGCGCUGAUUCUGACAUUUCUAUAAGUUUACUUGAUACGUUAAGAAAAAGAAAUGGGGUGCGGGUCAUCAGUUCCGGUUGAAGCAGUGGACCAGCAGGACCAACAGAAGCAACAGCACCAAGGGGCAGGGUCUCCGAAGCAAGGCGGGAGUAACGCUGACAAGGCUGCCGAUGCUGCCGAUGCUGCAAAGUCUAAGACAACACGGGCACGCCGCUUGAGUUACAUUUCGAAUGACGCAAAUGGAGCUGCGGCAAACGCGCCGCCCGGAGCACCCGCGCCAGCAACAUCUGGACCGGGUGGGAGGUCAGGCAACACGAGAGCAAGGCGGCUAUCAUACGUCACCAACGAUCCGAACGCGCCGCCUGUCAACCCGAAGUAUACCGGGGACGGUGAUGGGAAUGAGGAGGUGGACUUGGAGGGCGCCGAUGAGCCGACCGUGCAGGGCCAGCUCGCGCCCGAGGAGCAAGAGCGUAGGACUCUUCGCGUCAACGUUGCAUGCAUGUCGCGGGCUGGGCGCGAGCCGGGCUUCAAGAAAACUAAUCAGGACAAUUGCUUCGCCUUUGAAAAGUACAUAACCGAGGACCAGUCCUUGUUUGGUGCUAUGGAUGGCCAUGGUCCGCACGGCCACUUGGUGUCCGGCUACGUCAAGCAGCAUCUCCCGAUAAUACUCGUUAACCACUUGACGUUGGAAAAGGACGUUAAGAAGGCGCUGACGCAGGGCUUCUGCGAGGUGGACCGGUCACUUGCGAACAGCAGAAUAGACUGCGAGUUCAGCGGCAGCACUGCAGUGGUCAGCUAUCUAAAGGGCAAGACGCUAACAACCGCGUGGGUGGGUGAUUCGCGCGGUGUGCUGGGCCGUGAGAGCAAGCGGGGCUGGGAGGCCAUUGACCUGACAACCGACCACAAGCCGACAGCACCAGAGGAGAAGGCACGCAUCCUAAAAGCAAACGGCCGAGUGGAACGGCUGGUGGACGAGAUGGGCCAGCCAAUGGGUCCAUACCGCGUGUGGCUUCAAUACGCCUGGAUCCCGGGCUUGGCGAUGAGCAGGGCACUCGGGGACGUCCUGGCGCACCAGGUGGGCGUGACCUCGGAGCCCGACCACACGGUAAUGGAGCUGACGCCGCAAGAUAAGUUUAUCGUUCUUGCGUCGGAUGGCGUGUGGGAGUUCAUUUCGAGCAAGGAGGCCGUGGACAUCAUAGCUCAGUACGACAGCGCGGAGGAGGCGUGCCGCCAGCUGGUUGACGAGGCGUACCAGCGUUGGCUGACGGAGGAGGAGGGCGUCGUUGACGACAUCACAGCCGUUGUCGUGCGAUUUAUUCACCCACAGUAACGUGACGCACGUUCAGAGCGCCGAGAGGCUCGUGUUUAACUGCCGCUGCAAAAUAGCAGCAUGAGUUCUGGUGUUGUGCAGUGAUUUGUAUAGGUACCUUGACAGCUGACCGGGGCCGUACCUCCAGAGGGCAUCCAUAUGUAGCACGGGGGGUGGAGGGCUGCUCAUUCCCAUGAGCAUUUAGUUCGCAGAAUCUACGGUGGGUCUUCGCACGUUAAACCUCGCGGCAUUGUGGCCGUUCAGCAGCAGAUACCGGUGAACGUAUCUGCGUUCCGGUCUACGUAGGGGUGCGCGCAUAUUCAAUAGUGACGACGUGCACUGUACUGUGCUGUGUUGCACACUGUGUUUGUGAUGUAAGGGGAGAGCUGGUGGAGGGUCGUAGUCCAUAUGGGUUGCGAUGGGCUUUCUCCUGUGCCCUGUAUUGCCCGGUAUGCUAAAGCAACCGCUCACAAACGCCACUUUUUUCCAUGCUGUGUCUUAACCUCCCAACUCAAAUCACUCUGGGACCUGGACCAAUAUGCGUCGGACCUUGGCAUAAUGGACUCGCAUCUUUGACACUUUUUGGUUGGAGACCAUGGUUCAUACUACAUGACAUGGGUGGCGUACAAGGGGCUUGCAAGAAGUCCCGCACGAUGUCGGAUUGCAGCCUGUUCACUCAGUUCGUUGACGGGCGUGGUGUGCUGCUCUGCAUAACUUUAUGGACGUUGUCUUUGGGCUCCUUUUCCUUAACUACGCGCCUCGGGAUGUACAGUUUGCGUGUUUUAGUAAGCCGAGGUUGCACCUCGCCCGGGUGGCUGGUACUGUUAUGCUGGGUGAUGUUUACAAGCAGGCGUGCGUAGGAGCCACGAGGGCAUGACUGACGCAGAACUCAACAUAUGCGGUGAGCGAUGGCAAUGCGUUGGCGCUUCUUCAUGUGGUGUUAUGGCUGUUUCACACGUUCAUGCUGGAGCCCAAGCGUCUAAUAGUGAUGGUACUGGGGGACUACGUGUUUUGUGGUGUUUGUGAUAAGGUUUAGGCCAUGGGCUUAUGCCGCUCAAUGCUUGUAUGGUAUGUUAUUGCUGUAAGGGUCAUCCUUUGCCAUGUUGGUGGAAACACCUGUUCGUCGCCCUCGUUGUAAAUGUUUUGGCGGGUUGGUCCUCUUGCAUGCAUAAGAGCACGCCGUGCUCAUCCAGCAAACCUCGCCUUGGUUAAGAGUCUUGUGCGUGGCAGCUGUGGUAGUUUACAUUCCUCCUGCUUUCCCUU